UCUUCUCUCUGGAGGCAUUUUCAAGCAUCUUCAUUUUCUUCAAUAUUUCGAAACAAAGAUUAUGGAUUCUUUUGCUGCAAAGGGUGUCAUAUUUUCUGUACUUGUACUCUUGCUAGCUAACAUACAAUGUGAAGCAUAUUUAUCUCCAAAAUUUUACGAUGGUACAUGUCCAAAAGCACUGAGUACUAUCCGAAAUUCUAUUCGUCGAGCAGUGUCACGUGAGCGGCGCAUGGCAGCAUCUCUCAUUCGCCUCCAUUUUCACGACUGCUUUGUUCAGGGCUGUGAUGGAUCAGUUUUACUUGAUGCGACCUCUUCAUUUCAAAGCGAGAAAACGGCACCGGCAAACAGGAAUUCAGCUAGAGGUUUUGAAGUCAUAGAAGCCGCGAAACGCGAGGUAGAAAAAAUAUGCCCCGGAGUUGUUUCUUGUGCAGACAUACUUUCAGUCGCAGCAAGAGAUGCAUCAGUUGCUGUUGGCGGUCCAACAUGGCAAGUAAAGCUUGGAAGAAGAGAUUCGACCACCGCAAGCUUUUCUCUGGCACAAAGAGAUCUUCCAAGUCCAUUUGCAAGUCUUAGUGAUCUAAUUUCCAAAUUUGAUGCAAAGGGUCUUAGUGCAAGGGAAAUGGUUGCCUUGUCAGGAUCACACACCCUAGGCCAGGCUCAAUGCUUUGUAUUUCGCAACAGAAUAUAUAGCAAUGGAACAGAUAUUGAUGCUGGAUUUGCAAGCACCCGCAGGCGCCAAUGCCCAGCAGCCAAUGGAGUGGGAGAUAGCAAGCUGGCACCACUUGAUCUGGUUACACCAAAUUCAUUUGACAAUAAUUACUUCAAGAAUUUGAUGCGGAAGAAAGGUCUUCUUAUAUCAGACCAAGUCCUUUUCAGUGGAGGAUCAACCGACAGCAUUGUCUCCGAAUACAGCAAAAAUCCCAGGACUUUUCUGUCCGAUUUCGCUUCUGCCAUGGUGAAGAUGGGAGAUAUUGAACCCCUCACAGGCCAAAAUGGUAUCAUAAGGAAAAUAUGCAGUGCUGUGAACUAGAAAUAAUUCUGAUUUGAAUGGCUUUCCCUUCAGAGUCCACAUGGAAGAAUAAUUACGUCCAAUAAACUUUUCUUGUCCGUCCAAAAAUAAUUAGUUUUUCAUUCAUUUGUUCUUCUUGUAACUUGCAAGUGUACAUCUUCGCUCUAUU